AUGGCAACUUGCUCCACUAAAACUAAUACUCAUACAGCAGGGUCUCACCACUUGACUUGCAAUAUAUGUUUGGAAGUGCUACAAGACCCCGUUCAAUGUGUCAGGAACGAACACUACUUUUGUAAGAAGUGUAUAACCAAGCAUUUAACGCGAUCUCAAACCUGUCCUGUUUGCCAAGACGAACUUACUCCCGAAACACUUCGUCCUAUCUCGAGAACCGUGGCGAAUAUACUCGAGCAGUUUCAAUCACUGAAAUGCAUGUACGCCAGUCGUGGAUGUUCGAGCGCAGUAAAAUAUGAAACUCUGUUAUCGCAUCACGAGGAGUGCAGCUUCGCUCCUGUCCAAUGUUGCCACGAAGGAUGUGGAAAAACUGUCAACAGGCAAGAUCUCGUCAGCCAUAAAAAAAGCUGUGAACUUCGAUCGAUAACUUGUGAAGAUUGUCACAAAACGAUGAGGCAACGAGAAUAUGGAAAACAUGGAUGUGUCUUGUUAAAGGAAAUAGAUAAGAACAGACAGGGUUUGGCCGCAGUUCAGAAGAUUUUGCGAGAAAUACAACAGGAACAGCUACGACAAGGCGAAGAAAUCCAACGGUUGCCAAGUAGAGAAUCACGACAGUCCGACAAAAAGCAAACACAAGAAGGUGAUAAUUCAAGACACCAAGCAAGCGAAUUAAGACAACCCAAUGCAACGCAAAGUCAAAGACAACAAAGCAGUAACUCAAGUCAGCAAACAAGUGAAUCGAGAGUUGACCCUGAUGCAAUGGAAAUAAAACAAGGUAAAAAGUAAACAAAAAAGUAAUUAAUAAUAAUUACAUGUACAACUAAAUGCAACCGAAUUAAGACGACAAAUAAGCGCACAAGGCACUAUUUCGUGAUUUAAUUAGAAAAUUGAUACCCCAAAUAAAAACAAUAUAGCGCCAGAUAAUUCGCAACAGAUUCCCCCAAAUGGGAACGGCUUAACGGAUAGUUACUGCUUGAUGAAAAUUUCUGAUGGAUUAAAUCGCAAGGUGAAGAUUUUGGAGAGGUAAAUUUGAGCCACGUCCAAACCAGGCCCACUUUUUUAACGACAACACCAAAUUUCUUAACUCUGCUGAUGUUUUCUACAGAGAGUAAUACAUUUCCAACAUACAGAUUUCCAUGUGCACGUUUAGAACAGAUUUAAUAUUACACAAUCCAAUAUCUCUAUAACGUAUAUGUCCCUCUAAUAUAUAACUUAGAAUAGGAUGUCGUUUCUUUCUAACUGUUCCAGAUCCAGCUGUCCAGUCCAGUGCGACGCAGGGGCGACAAAGAAACCGUAGUAAAGCAGCAUCAGCGUCCAUAGAUCAUGACUUCCGAAGAGUCCGUCCAAUUCCAAACCAAGCUACAGUCGACAGAAAGAUUGUUGUAGUGGGAGGAGACAGGAAGUCAUACGAAGUUUUCAACUGGUCCACUCAAAAAUGGACUUUGUAUGAGGACACUUUGUUUUUCAAGCAUACGGACGCAUUUUCUUUUCUUUAUAAUAACAAGAUCAUGAUUUGUGGUGGAACAGACACGAAGAAAGUGGAAUGUCUGGAUAUUGCCAACAACAGAUGUGCCAGUACCUUACCCGUACAAUUACCUGGCACAGAAUGUGGUAGAGGGGUUCUUUGUGGCGACAAAAUAUUAACUUUCGGUCAAUCUGUAUCAGCAACAUCUCUUAAACCUCCAUUUAAAACCACAGUUCUUUUUUCUUAUAACGAUGGAAGAGAAAUAUCCUCUUAUGGAGUUGCCCGUGUCAACGCAAACGCAGUGGUCCUCUUAGGCGGUUACUACAGACGUGAAACCACAACAGUAAAAGAAGAUGUUAUACUAUAUAACCCAAUAACAAACGUCAUGAAGAAGCUAGCCCCUUUACCCUACGAAUUGUCUAAUAUGACUGUGGUCGUGCAUAAUGACAAUAUCAUUAUACUGGGCGGUAAAAAGGACCAAUAUGGCAUGUGUAACGAUGUUUUGAUGUACAACAUUACUAAUCAACAAUGUUCGAGGUUGCCGAGUAUGUUGGAAAAGAGGUAAGACAUUUUUUAUUUGACAUCAUCUUCAUUUACUGACGAUAAAUGUAGUACUAAAUAUAUAACUUGUCACCUUACUGAAUACCUAGCUUACUUAGUUACUUAUGCUAAAAUUAGUCUGAAUUGGCCUGAAUUUUAACGAGCGAGGCGCUGCACACACGGGAGCGGACAAAUUCGAAACCGUGCUCAAACUUUUUCAGGAUUUCGCCUUUCAAGUUCGUAACUAAUCGGACGAAUUCCAAUGUGAACUUACCCUGGAUCAGGGGGUUCCAGUUUCGCUGUACUGGCCAAGCUAAAACUCGCUACUCGCCUGACACCAAACAACAUCUGAACAUUUGCUGUAAUUUCUAUCGUGUGAAAAUAAAUGCUUUGAUUGAUUGAUUGAUUGAUUGAUUGAUUGAUUGAUUGAUUGAUUGAUUGAUUGAUUGAUUGAACCCAGGGUAAGUGUGACCAGACUUGGUAAAAUAUUUUACAAUUGGUAAAAUUUCGUGGAUUUUGGAAAAAUUUAGUAAUGAAAUUUUUUAGUAAAAUUUUGGAAUUUUUUAGUAAAAUUUUGGAAGACACUUGGUUUUUAGUAAAAUUUUGCAAGAAAGGGGAAUUCCCCGUAUAAAGACACUUGGUUUUUCGAACAUACUGACGCAUUUCCAUUCGCUUAUGACAACAAGAAGAUUUGUGGAGGAACAGACACGAACAGUUAAAGUCUGGAUAUUGCCAACAACAGAAUUGUCAAUACCUUACUCGUAAUUUUUAUCCAACAACGAAAUGUUUAAAAACUCAAGAACCAUGCAUUGCUCUUUUCUGUUGCCGAAAUUGUAGUUUUCGGGUACAAAGGCAACCUCGUUAUUUUGAAAGAAUCAGGAAGUUAUUAUAAGGAUUAACCCGCAGGAAUAAUUACAUUUUCGGAGAAGUAAUGGUAAUUUAUACAAAACUGCUUAAGUUAAAAUUUUUAAGAUACCCAUUUGCCAUCCUAGGUGAUUCUGUAUUUGCCUAAAUUUUGGACUGAUUCUUAUUCCAUUAUGUUUAUAUUGUUAGAUCAAGAUGUGCAGCAGUAAUUAUGGGAGAUAUGAUUGUCGUUAUGGGAGGAAAUUCCAUGCCCACAGAUCCGGCACGAUUAUCACUAUUAUCUCAUUACGCUGUGAAGCCCGUAAUAAUAGCAGAAUACCUGGUACUCGGUGAAGACAGAUGGAAGAAGCUUCCACCAAUGCAUCGUGGAAGAGAUGGCGCAUCUGCAUGUCUCCUGCCAUAA